AUUACACAUCUCGUGCAUCGGGCCGCAAAGCUUACACGUCACGCCUGCCAACACCAUCAUAGGGUUUCACACCCGUUACUAAGCAAUUACCCCUCUACUCCAAACUCGUAUCCCCUCUACAUCUAGUCCUCUAACUAACUCUAUUUAUCAAAUCUCACAACAUAGCUAUGUUCGGCUUAAACCCCUCUUUUCCCCCUCGGUCCCUCGUACCUCUCGUUGAAGAGGUCGCCGAGCUCCUCCGAGGACGCAAUGAAACUGUUUCUGUGGCCGAGACGGCUGCCGGAGGGAUAAUCUCGGCUGCAUUGUUGAGCACACCGGGUGCAAGCAGAUUUUACAAGGGCGGGUUGACGUUGUAUACCCUCCCUUCACGGGUGCAGUUUGCCGGAUGGACAGAAGAGGACACCAAAUCCUACAUCGGCCCAACCCUCGGCGUCGUCUCCAAAAUGGCAGAGAACGUCCGUCCGAAACUCGACAGCACAUACACCAUAUGCGAGUCCGGCACCGCCGGUCCCACUGGGGGAACAACUAAGAACCGAACCCCAGGCUACGUAGCCCUCGCCGUCUCAACCCCCGAAGGCACAUUCACGCGGGAAGUAGACACAGGGUCGGCGGACCGGGCAGAGAAUAUGGUUAAUUUUGCGGUUGAGGCGCUGAAGUUGCUGAUUGAUGUUAUUAAAGGGGAGUGGGAUGUGAAGUCUUCGGGGAGGGAGGGGCAGGCUGUGAAUUGGAAUUUGUAGGAAAGAUCGUAGCUUGAUAUAGUACGUUAAAUAAAGGGGCUUCAUAUAAAGGGGGUGAGAGAGGAUACAGGG